AUGCAUAAGCAAGACUCAGCUGGCCCUGGAGCAGGAAGAGACCAUGCUAUGGAAACUGGGAGCAGUGCAGGAUUCUGGGAAAACUCUGUGCAGAAGAUCCUGGGAGAGGAGAACACCCUUCGCUCAGAGGCGCAGAGCCGGCAGUUCCACUGGUUCUGCUACCUGCAAGUCAAAGGACCCCGUGAAGUUUGCAGCCAACUCUAUCACUUUUGCCACCAGUGGCUGAAGCCAGAAAGGCACACGAAAGCUGAGAUGCUGGACCUGGUGAUCUUGGAGCAGUUCCUGGCUGUCCUUCCAGCGGAGAUGGAGAGCUGGGUGAGGGAAUGCGGAGCAGAGACCAGUUCCCAGGCAGUGGCUCUGGCCGAAGGUUUCCUCCUGAGUCAAGCAGAGGAGAGGAAGCGGGUGAGAGAGACUUUCCUCUGGAUGCUCCCAAGGGGCUCCAAACAGGAGGGCCAUCCUUUUUCGGAAACAUCCAAGGAAUGAGAUGUGGUAUAUCUGAAGUUUUUUUCCUCUGCCACUCCUUUUCUAACCCUUCCCCACAUUCUCUAUUACAAAUUCUUGUUGCUCUUUCAGGAAAAGGAUCUGUCUGCAGAAACAGGUCCUGAUUCCUUUGAGGCAGAGAGGACUUCGAUGGACACCAGAGAGAGGCUGCUGGGUAAGGAGGAAGGAAUUUCUUCUCAGUCCAGCCACAUCCUAUUAUUCUCAAAAUAAUCUGUGGUUUCUGUCUGUGUUUUGGGUAUGACACUUGGGGCCAAGAACCCAAAGGAGAUCAGAUAUAUUUCAGCAUAACUAAAAUAUGAAAUGGGGACAAAUUUCAUACCCCUGAGAGAAGUAUCAUGCACUCCUGUCUCCCCACUUCCCUUUGUCUCUCGCAGGUGAAAGAAGGAUGCCGGCAAGACCUCCUCCUCCAUCUCUUCAUCCUGGUGGAGGGGAAGCAGCGGCUGAGGAACCGGAUCAGGUGCGGGGAAGGAGCUGGGGGGGGGGGGGAAGGAUGAGGUGUGGGGAGACAGGGCAUUUAUGGGGGCAAAUGAAUCUCUCCCCUCCUCUUUUUUCUUCUGUCAAAUCUGGAAAACUAGCGUGCUUGCAGAGACAGAAUGAUUUGAAGAAAUAAACAUACAGUUCCAUCCAUUUUCACUAAGAUUCAUGCCCAUCAUUAAAAACAGCAUGAAAGAUUCCCAAAACAUUAAAUUAUGCACCCACAGUCAAAAUGUGCAGCAAACAAAUCUGAUUAAUGCAAUGCAGGCAGAAAGAGCAACGUGCAGGAAAUAAUCUUUAUGUUGUGUAAGAAAUGGACCUUUUUUCUUUUAGGGUCCAGUUUGUUUUGAAGAUGUUGCUGUUUGUUUCACGGCUGAGGAGUGGGCGUUGCUGGAUCCUGCCCAGAGAGCUCUGCAUAAGGAAGUCAUGGAGGAGACUUGGAGGAUCAUGAACUCUCCCGGUAAGGUUUCCUGUUUGGUUAUAAUAGUUGUUUUGACAUUCAGUCAAUAUUUUUAUAUCACAAACCACCCAGAUUUUGAUGGAUCUCAACUUUGCCACCUAGAGUAUCAGGAGAUAUGUGUUAAUCUGAAUUCAUGAUAUGGUUUAUCUCUGUAUGAGAUUGACAUAACUCUAAUAUGACAUAAAAGCCCCCAUGGUGUCUGCAUCCUGAAAGGCAUUCAGGAAUAUCCUGAGUUCACACACAUCAGGCAUUAUCAACACAUGCAAAUAUAGGGUUGCUCAUUGCAGGAUUCUCGGCUCCGCAGUGGGAUCCACCCACCCCAUGGCAAGGGGGUGUAAAGGCAGGUUGGAGACAGAGAUGUCUAGGUUCAGAUCCUUGCUCACGAUCGCAAGUCUUUCGCCUUUUUGUUAAACGGAAACAGGAUGACCAAAGAUGGGCAAGGUGAGAAAGAGGCAGGAAGAUCUUGAUGGAAUUAUAGAAAUUGUAGGAAUCACUGCCCCCUCUCCUAUUGUCAGGGGCUGGACUGAGGAGGAAUGGUGGGGGCUGCCCCCCUUCUCCUGAACCUUCCCGUGGGCAAGAGGACAGUAUAGAUUUAGAACCGUGGUUUGCGGAAGGUCAUAGUUCAGAGGCUGCGGAGGGGUGAAGCGGGGAAGUAUUGGAAGAGGAACAGCAGGAAGAAGAAACGCUAGGGAGGGACAGCUGACAGACUUGUGUCUUUGGAAAGCAUUCUUGACCCCCUUCUCCCAGGACCAGGCGAGCAUUGAGGGCAGGAGAACAAGCAUUGCUUUGCAAGCAUUGAGUAUUGUAUCGGUAAUGUCUAUAUCUCUUGCACUAUGUCUUUAUUUCCCACUUUUGUAAAGAAAUCCUUCUCUUUCUUUAUUAGCUUGUUAGAUGUAUCCAGUUUCUUCCCUUCCCUUACUUUCCUCUGAUACACACUUUGCUGAAUAAAAUAGCCUCUCAAAACUAUAAAAAGUGGCGGGUUGGCUCUAUAUUGCCAGCAUAGUCCAAACUUUCCGCUUUCCCCUUCCUUUCAAAUCACACACAAUCUCUGUUGUUGUUUGUUAAUCUUAAUGUUACUCCAACUUAUUCCAUCCUCACUUGUAUAUAUUUCUUAAACCUGCAUUCUGGAGAGGGUUGCCAUAUCAAAAAAGAAAAGAGAAAAACUCAAAAUAAACAACCAUGGGAUUCUCUCCCCCAACCAUCUCUUACACAGAAUGAAAUCUUAUCUCAGUUCAAACCUUAAAUCCAUGCAGCUGAAUGUACCACAGAUUGUUGUUGCAUCUCCUCCAGCCCAUGCCUUUACUUUAAUUGCCAAUUAACAUCCAAUUUGUAGGAUGACCUCUGCUUCCAGAAACGGAGUCGGGGGGUGGGUGGGGUGGGGGGGUUGCAGCAGACAAAGUGCUCCUGCCCCAGUGCCUGUCUUCCAUGGGGAAGCGAAUGCCAGACCCCAGGGCCCGUUCCUCCCCUGCCCUGAGAGGAAUCCAGAGAAUGCUUUAACCCCACCAUCCUCUUUAUCUGCAUUUCCCGGCGAUGUCAAAGGAGUCAUCCAUUCCUGGCGCAGUCCGGAAACGGAAGCCCAAUGCAGUUAAAAAUGUUUACUGGGAUGGAUGUACCGUCUCCCAUCUUGAAUCUGUCACCUUCUUGACAUUAGACAUCACUUAUCUGGGAUGUGGCAGAAUGGGAGGUAACAUCGGGAGAUUUCCCAGCCUCUGCAGAAGGAAUCAUUGGAGUUUUGCAAGCAGAGGUUGGGUGUGUAAGUUGAGAUUCCUGCAUUUCAGGGGACAGGACUAGAUCACCCCGGGGGUUCGCUUGCAACUCUCUCCUUCUCAGAAAGGGUUUCCUGCUUCUAGAGCCUUUUUCACACAAAGCUGUUCCUCCUGCUUCUGUAUCUAAGGGAAGAAGCAGCUCAGCAUGUCAGCCAAGAGGGUUCACCAAAGAAAGCACCUCUGGGGUGCCUGACACACGCAGCUGGUCCUGGGCUCCUGCUCUGGAGAAAGAAAACUCAGGGAGGGAGGGAAGGGUGCGCUGCUUACGCUCGUCAUCUAAAUCCUUUCAGUUCUUCCUCUCUCACAAGCGCUAAUGAGCAUUGUUCAAUAAUUGGGGGCUUCAUAUCAUCCUGAUGCUCUAAUUCAUCUCUCUCUUCAUUUUAGGUGCUGAGGAAUUAGAAAUGAAGAACAAGGGAAACCAUGAGAAGAUCCACACAGUGCAGAAACCAUGUCAGUCUUUGGAAUGUGGAGAUAACUUCACUAACAGCUCCGAUUCCAUGUCUCAUCAAAAUCCCAUUUGGAAUAAACUGUAUCAGUGCUCAAACAGUGGAAGGAACUUCAGAACAAAGCAAUAUCUCACUGACCAUCAAAGAACUCAUAGUGGGGAGAAACCCUAUCAGUGCAUGGAAUGUGGAAAGAGCUUCAAUAAUAGCCGCUCCCUUGGGUCCCAUCAAGGAAUUCAUACAGGGGAGAAACCCUAUCAGUGCAUGGAAUGUGGAAAGAGCUUCAAUAAUAGCCGCUCCCUUGGGUCCCAUCAAAGAAUUCAUAUAGGGGAGAAACCCUAUCAGUGCUUGGAAUGUGGAAAGCGCUUCAGUGACAGCAUCAAACUCACUGCCCAUCAAAUAACUCAUAAAGGGGAGAAACCAUUUCAGUGCUUGGAAUGUGGAAAGAGCUUUAGUCGACGCGACUCUUUCACUUUCCAUCAAAGAACUCAUACAGGGGAGAAACCCUAUCAGUGCUUGGAAUGUGGAAAGAGCUUCAUUCACAAGGUCAGUCUCACUUCCCAUCAAAGAACUCAUACAGGGGAGAAACCCUAUCAGUGCUUGGAAUGUGGGAAGAGCUUCAGUAUGAAGACCUAUCUCACUUCCCAUCAAAGAAUUCAUAUAGGGGAGAAACCAUAUCAAUGCUUGGAAUGUGGAAAGAGCUUCAAUAUGAAGACCUAUCUCACUUCCCAUCAAAGAGUUCAUACAGGGGAGAAACCCUAUCAGUGCUUGGAAUGUGGAAAGAACUUCAAUCACCGCUCCACUCUCAGUUCUCAUGAAAGAAUUCAUACAGGGGAGAAACCCUAUCAGUGCUUAGAAUGUGGAAAGAGCUUCAGCAGGAAAGACCAUCUCACUUCCCACGAAAUAAUUCAUGCAGCGCAGAAACUAUAUCAGUCCUUAGAAUGCACAUUGGGCCUUCCUGCAAGAAGAGCGCUUCUCUGA